AUGGCCGAAGAGCAGAAGCCCGUUGAGGUCCCCGCCGUUGAGGCUCCCGCCGCCGAGGCUGUCGCCGAGGCCCCUGCCGCUGUUGAGGCUCCUGCUGCUGAGACCGCCGCUGAGGCCCCUGCCGCUGUCGAGGCACCCGCUGCCGUGGCCCCUGCUGAGCCUGCUGCUGAGGCUCCCGCCGCCGCUGAGACCGCUGCCGAGGCCCCUGCCGCUGCCGAGGAGCCCAAGAAGAAGGUCGAGCCCAUCGAGGAGGGUGUCCUCGAGGCCAAGGGCUCUGGUUUCCCCAAGAGCUUCUUGUACACCAAGAAGUUCUUCUGGUUCCCCAAGGAGGCCGUGACCCCCAAGGACCUGGCUGCCUACGUCAAGUCCGAGAAGGUCACGGAGACCGCCCACCACGUUGUCUCUUGGGCCGCCGAGACUGGCAAGGGUCUCCUUUUCUAUGGCGACAAGCAGGGCGAGAAGCCCCACGGUGUCAUCCAUCUGGCCGAUGCUUCUGAGCCCACCACCGAGGGUGCCAACAAGUUCCAGGUCACCGCCAAGGGCCACAAGCACGUCUUCAAGGCCCCGACUGCCGCCGACCGUGACAACUGGGUUGCCCAGCUCAAAGCCAAGAUUGCCGAGGCCAAGGAGCUUGCUGCCACCGUCACGGAGAGUGAGACCUACAAGAGCACCCUUGCUUCGCUGAAGCCUGCUAAGAAGGAGGCCGCUCCCAAGGCCGAGGACGCUCCCAAGGCCGCCGAGCCCGCCGCCGAGGAGCCCGCUGCCUCUGCUACCGCGGCUGCCGUUGCUGCUCCCGCCGUCGUUGCCGCCGUUGCUGCUCCUGCCCAAGAGGCCCCGAAGGAAGAAGCUCCCAAGGAGGCUGCCAAGGAGGAGCCCAAGCGCCGCUCUGCUUCCGGCAAGCGCACUUCCAUCUUCGGCAGCCUGAUUGGCGGCAAGAAGGAAGAGAAGAAGGAGACUGCUGCCCCUGCUGAGGCCCCGAAGGACGCUGAGGCUGCCCCUGCUGCUGCUGCUGCCCCUGAGGAGGCUGCUGUCGAGGCUCCUGCCGCCGAGACCGCCCCUGCUGAGGCUGAGGCUGCUGCUGAGCCGGUUGCUGAGGCGGCCCCUGCUGUUGCUGCCCCUGAGGUGAAGACCCCUGAGAUCAAGACCCCUCCCGCUACCAAGCGCGGCAGCAUCUUCGGCAACCUGGGCUUCUCCAAGAAGAAGGCCGAGGCUGAGGCCGCCCCUGCUCCCCCUGCCAAGGAUGCCGCGGCGGAGCCUGCAGCUGUCUCUGAGACUGCCCCCGUGAUCCCGGCUGUUGAGGCCACCGAGCCCCUCUCUACUGAAGUCGCCCCUGCUGCUGAGGCGAACGCCGCCGAGGCUACCCCCGAGGUCGCUGCCGCCGCUACCAACGGCGAGAAGAAGGAGGCCAAGAGCGACAAGCGCAAGUCGUCGCUGCCCUUCAACUUCGGUGGCAAGAAGUCGGACGACGAGGGUGAGAAGAAGACGUCGGGCUUCUCUCGUCUCCGCAACACCGUCCGCCUGGGCCGCAAGGACAAGUCUCCUGGCCCCGCCAAGACUGAGGAGGCCGCUGCUGCCGUUGCCGAGGCCAAGCCCGCUGAGGCUGAGGCCCCUGUUGAGGAGGCUCCUGCCGCUGCCGCUGCCGCUGCUCCUGCCGCUGAGGCUGAGGCCGAGGCCGCUGCCCCGGCUGCUGCCGCUGAGGAUGCUGCCGCUGAGGUUCCCAAGGCCGUCACCGCCACCCCUGUUGUCGCUGCCACCGCAUAG